ACCCUUCUUAUUCGAAUUGAAAUCAUCACUCUCAUUUGAGCUUAGCCUUUCUAUUCUCUCUCAUUUGAGCUUAUAAUUUUCAUAGAUCAUUAUUCAUCCCAAUCAUUAUUCUCAGUCUAGUUGUGUGAUUCAGGGGAAAACAAAGAAUGAAAGAGGGUGUGUCAUAAAACGAUGCCAUAAUAUCGAGGCUCAAGUUUUAAAAUUUUCCCUAUAUAGUCCAAGAGUUGCCUUUUUUGUGAUAACACCCAAGCCAUUAUGGUCUCUUGAGAGCACGUGUUUAUAGUGAACGUAGAUUUGUUCAGUUUGAGAAAUAGGAAAAGAGGUAGUUGCAAUCAUAUUCUGGUUCUUGUUGUCCAAAACAACAACUUAGCCGUCACAACACACAAACAUGUCUCAAACCCAAGCAAGCACUUGUUCAGGGGGCGCCAACAUUGAAGUUGGUGCCACCACCAUACUCCUCAGCAGCAAGUACAGGAAGAAAUGGCGCGUAUUAUACACAGCCACAGGAAUCGUCAUCUCUCUGACGAAGCGUGGUAACUAUGAGUCUCCACCAUCACCACUUUCUUCGGUACCAUACACCUCAUUGCCUGCAUCUGAGCCUCCUGCUAGAACCUCCUCUGUCAAAUCUUGUGUUGCAAUUGAUGUAGCCCCUGAUACCGAAGAGGUGAAAGAAGAAGAAGAUGCCGAAGGGCACAUUAGGAAAAACAUUGAGCGAAUUGUGAAGGAGGAGGACUUGAAAUCGCUUCAUAAUCUUGGUGGGGUCGACCUCAUUUCCUCGGUUCUUCUUCGUCAACGUCAACACUCUGAGGGUGAUGGGAACCGAAAUAUGUUGGAGUCCACAAUACCGAUUCUUGGAACAAGCUUUUGUAGCUUUUUGUUGAUGAACUGCAAAUGCAAUGGUUACACAAUUUUGAUGUUGUUGAUCGCGGCGGGGUUGUCCUUCGCCAUAGAGUUGAAGCAGGAGGGACCUAAAUAUGGUUGGCAUGAUGGUUUUGCUAUAGUUUUUUCUGUUUUCCUGCUGGUUGGAGGAAAUUCAGUAGCAAACUUUUGGCGUGAGAGAAAAAUGUUGAAACUGGCAAAGAGAAGGAACAAGUUGGAGUUCACUGUUGAAAGAGGUGAAGAGUCCCUAGAGGGGGUUCCAUUAUCUGAUAUUAUGGUGCUUGACAAGGUGUGCCUGAGGCAAGGUGAUGAGGUUCCUGCAGAUGGUUUGCUUGUAAGUGAUGACAUUCUUGAGCUAGCUGAGGCAACAAAAAGUAAAAGGGGAAACCCAUUUCUUGUAUCCGGUUCAAAGGUGAUUAGGGGCCAAGGAUGGAUGCUUGUAACAUCAGUUGGAAGUUCUCUGAGUUAUAAUCCAAAAAGGGGAGGCUUGUUGGAGACUCUAAUUGAAAAGCCUAUUUCUUACAUUGACAAGUCUGCUCUUUUGAUCUCUGUAGUGAUUACCCUUGUGGUGUUCAUUCGCCUAAUCUGUCUAAAGGAUGGGGGGAAUAGUGGCUUGCCAGAAAUGAAGGGGAAGGUCUCAGUUGGCUUGUUGAUGGAAAUCCUUGAGAGAGUUUUUUUGAGACCACACGGAAGGGUUUCCAUUUUAACAGGUCUUGUUACUUUCGCAAUACUAUUUGUGCAACAUGGAAUGCCACUUAUGGUUACAAUUUCUCUCAAGUGCCAGAUUGAUAGGGUAGUGUCAAACCAAGAAGCAGUUCUUAAUGAUUUAUCAUCUUUUCCAACAAUGGGGUUGGUAACUGUGAUCUGUAUUGAUGCGUCAGGUGGGCUCAUGUCUAAUCCAAAGGAAGUUAGCAGAAUAUGGAUGGGGGAGAAAGAUAUCAUGAGCAAGGUUGAGGAAGCAGAAACAGAUCAAGUUGUGCUUGACAUGCUUAAACAAGGAGUUGGUUUAUCAGUUCUUAAUCCAGAGCUUUCUCUUACCCCUAUGUGCCAUCCACUUGUUUCUUGGGCCAAAACAAAUUGGGAAAUGGACAUGAAAUCUUUCACAGAAAAAUUUGUCAUUGUUAAGCACAGCAAACUGGAUUCUGACAAAGAAUGCAGUAGAGUUUUGGCCAGAGAAAUUAGGUGCAAUGAACAAGUACUACACUUGCACUGGAGUGGGACAGCAUCCACCAUAUUAGAGAAGUGUUCAUCAUACUAUGAUAGUGAAGGGGCAUGCCAUGCCAUGGAAAACCAGAAAAUCAAAUUUGGGCAAGUGAUUAAAGAGAUGGAGGAUGAUGGCCUUAAGUCAAUUGCUUUUGCUUAUAGAAAAACAGAUGCUGAAGAACUUGAGCAAGAUGAGUUGAUCUUGUUAGGAGUGAUAGGUAUCAAAAGCACUUGUCAAAAAUCUAUAAAACCAGCUUUGGAAAAUCUCAGAAAAACAGUACAGAUCAAACUGAUCUCGAGAGAUGAUGACAUCUUGGCAGUGAAAGGCAUAGCUUGUGAACUUGGAAUAGAAGUGCCACCAGAUGGUAUUGAGCUUGAAGGAGAAGAACUUCAAGAUUUGAAUGAGGAAGCUAGAUUACACAAAAUGGAUGGAGUCCUCGUAAUGGGAAGCUUCCAUCUUAAAGACCUACUUCUCAUGAUACAGGAAUGGCAGAAGAAUGGUGAGGUGGUUGCAUUCAUUGGAACAAGGAUGAUGACUAAUCAUACUUCUAUUCUGGAGGAAGCUGAUGUAGGGAUAGUUCAUGAUUCUCUAGGAAGAAUAGUGGAUAGAGAUUGUUUCGGUAUAUCUAUGCAAUGUUUUUGUGCAUUGGAACCAAUUGUGAAGGCUGGUAGGAGUAUAUACCACAAUAUUCAGAAGUUCAUUCAACUUCAACUGACAUGUACCAUAUCAGGGUUAGUCAUAUCCUUGAUUACAACAAUAUCUACUGGAGAUUCCCCUCUAACAGCAUUCCAGUUGAUUUGGGUUAAUGUUGUAAUGAACAUUCUGGGUGGCCAAAUGAUGGUAAUGGAGUUAACUAGCGAGGAACAACUUGCCAAAAAACCAUCUCAGUGUAGAAAUCAGUCAAUUAUAACCAAAGAAAUCUGGAAAAACAUUGUUAUUCAGGUUUUAUAUCAGGUUUCUGUGUCUAUAAUACUUGAGUUCGGGGGACAUGUUAUGGACAGGGAAAAACACGUUAGAAAAACCAUGAUCUUCAACACAUUCCUAUUAUGUCAGCUCGCUAAUCAACUCAACACGAUGCAGUUGUUGAAACUGAAACACACUCAGAUUGUUCUUCAGAACUACUAUUUUUUAGUAGCUUUUGGUGGUUGUUUGCUCAUGCAGGUGCUGAUGAUUGAGUAUGCAAAAGGCUUAUCCGAUUGCAUGCGGCUGAAUGCUACUGGAUGGGCUAUUUGUGUGCUAGUUGGUGCUUUUUCAUGGGUAUUUGCAUGGCUCUUGGAGAGGAUACUUGCAUUUAUUCUCAGUACCAAUUCUGCUUCACAAUCAAUGACUUCACCUUCCUUCUAUCUUUAUCCAGCUUUUCCAUUUCUGAUGUUCCUCUUGUUCCCUUUAGGCCUAAUAUUUGGCCAUUUUGGCAUAAAAAUGGCAUUUCGUUAGUGGUGGGGUAACUCGACACGCCCAAUGAUUUAGUCAGUUUCUUGUAAUAUACCUUUGUAGUCAAUGCAUAGCAUAGUGCUGUUUUUUCAGAAUGUCAUUCUACCACUUUACGAUAUUUUAACUUUUUUUUAUUUUUUUUAUUUUUAUUUUUGGUAAGACGUGAUAACAAUACAGUUUUAUUUAAAAGAUUUAAAUAAUAAAAAAUAGUUGAAAU